AUGUCUCUCAAAGCAGAACUCGAAACCUGGGCCGCAGCCCUGAAGGCAUACGAUGAGCAGGACUUUGAAAAGUCCCUAGAUAUGUUCUCGCGCAUCGCCGAUUCAUCCAAGAUUCUCACCAAUAUGGGGCUUAUCUACGCGACCCUUGGAGAACAUGAAACUGCCGUUGAGCGGUUCAUGGAGGCGACCACAUUGGACCAAUAUCUUGCCGUUGCUUACUUCCAAUGUGGUGUCUCCAACUUCCUACUCGCUCGAUACGAACUUGCGUACAAGGACUUUGACGAGGCAUUGCUGUAUCUCAGGGGAAAUCAAGCCAUAAACUAUGAACAGUUGGGUCUGAAGUUCCGACUGUUCUCAGCAGAAGUGCUAUUCAACAAAGGCCUGUCCCAAAUCUACAUGAACCGUGUCCAGGAGGGACUGGAGGAACUUGAAGCUGCACGGAAGGAAAAGGCGACAGAAGAGCACGAUGUUAUUGACGACGCUUUACGAGAUCGCGGGGAGGGCUACACAGUAUUCAGCAUCCCCGUCGGUGUACUAUACCGCCCAUCAGAGAAGAAGUUGAAGAACUCAGUUGCCAAGGAUUAUCUGGGUAAAGCUAAACUUGUGGCCGCAAGCGACCCGGGUGAUGCGUACACCGAAUUCACUGGUGUUGCGCGUUUGAAACAAGGAAUAUCGCCGUCUGGUGUCUUCAUUGACGGUGAAGGUAGUGGUCUUGGGCGCAGUGGGACACUCGGACGCAGCGCAACAGUUCCAGCUGCCCUGCCCAGCAACUCCCAUAGGGAACCGUUACUGAACCGCUCGAGGACAGCUCUUCCCUCUAGCAACCGCGAACCCAACCCUAACGACCCACGACCAAGCCCAGGAGGACUUUCUCCCGGAGGCGCCAAUGUCCAGCGAAGCAACACAUCAAUUGUCGCGGGCAGGCCGUCUCCAAAUGCGACCAUCGGUGGUCCUCCAACACGUGGACUUAGCAUUCGCAAACCAGUCGGCUCCCCUCCUGUUCCUCAGGAUCGUACUCCCCCAGCCCCACCGAAAGAUAGUCGCGUCACUCAAUUCUACGACGAGUACCUAGAUUCUUACGGUGAUGAUGCUGUCCCCCCUCCCAUGCCGAGCGCAGGCGCAGCCCCUCCUGAGAGGGUAGCUGCUUGGGCGCGAUCCAACGCAAACCCUGGAUAUGCGAGCGGCGUGGCCCGUUCGGGCUCGCGUAGUGCACCUACGAGCAACUACGCGGGAAGUUCAUUAGGUGUCGGAGGCACCAUGAAGAGGAAAUUGACUAGAAGAGGAACAUCAAGAGCUGGAUCUAGAAGUCAGGUGGGGAGUAUGUACGAGGAGGAAGAGGAAGGUUAUGCGAGUGGCGACUACGAAGAUGGACCUUUCGAGUUGACCAAGAUCAGGGUGAAGUUACACUAUGAGGAAGACGUCCACGGCAUGGUGAUCGUCCCCGAGAUGAGCUUCGACGAGUUCAUGGCGAAAGUCGCCUCGAAGUUCCGCAAACCCGUCGGGUCAAUGGGGUUGAAGUUCAAGGAUGAGGACGCGGUGAAGGUUAACUUGAGGGACGACUCGGAUUAUGAGCUGGCGAUUGAGACUGCGAGGGAGAGCUCAAAAGGCAAGCCGGAGGGGAAGUUGGAGAUUUGGUGCAUCGAUGUUUAA